AAAAACCAGUCAAAACAUGCUUUCUGCCACUGUACAGAACUUAACGAGCGCUGUUUAUCCUGCUUUUUUCCUGCACGCCAGUUCACCCUGGCAAAUCGGGACCCGUGUGUUUCGUGCGUCUCGGGAAUUUGGUGGCAGAAGAGGCUUUUCUGAUUUGUCUGUUUGGAAUUGUUACCAGACCGUGUUUGUGCGUGAAGCGUGGAGAAGAGGAGCGUCGAGUCACUCGAAAACAGCCUUAAGGAAAAUGGCAUCGGAGCACGGCUCGCAUCCGCACCCGCAGACCCACACGCACGCUCAUCCGCACGAACUGCCGCGGAAGGCCUCGCUGGGAGACGGCACGGGACACGGGCCGGCGUACGCGGUGGGCAAGCAUAAGGUGUCGAUGAAGCUCUUCGCCAAGAACCGCGAGCGGCUGUGCCAGCGACUGCUGCGGCAGCAGACGGCGGCGGCGCCCUCCUCGGGCAUGGCCGACAGCCGGCUGGUGGUGCUGCUGCAGGGCGGCCCCUCCGACACGCGCUACUGCACCGACGUCGACCUGCUCUUCCGCCAGGAGUCCUUCUUCCACUGGGCCUUCGGCGUCCUGGAGCCCGACUGCCUCGGCGCCAUCGACGUCCGCACCGGCAGCAGCACGCUCUUCGUGCCGCGCCUCCCCGACUCCUACGCCGUCUGGAUGGGCAAACUGUGGACGCUGGCGGACUUCAAGAGUCGCUACAUGGUGGACGAGGUGCACUACACGGACGAGAUGGCGGACAAGCUGCCGGCGGAGGCGCUGCUGCUGACGCUGACGGGCGUCAACUCCGACAGCGGCAAGACCACCAAGGAGGCCAGCUUCAAGGGCAUCGAGCGCUUCCGCGUCGACAGCAGUCUCCUCUAUCCCGAAAUAUGCGAAUGUCGGCUGUUGAAGACGGUGGACGAGCAGGAAGUGCUGCGGUACGCCAACAAGAUCAGCAGCGCGGCGCACCGCGAAGUGAUGCGCAAAGUGCGGCCGGGCAUGAAGGAGUACCAGCUGGAAAGCGAAUUCCUGCACGCGGCGUACGGCGGCGGCGGGUGUCGUCACGUGGCCUACACCUGCAUCUGCGGCACCGGCGAGAACUCGGGCACGCUGCACUACAACGUCAACGACCGCGUCAUCAACGACGGCGACAUGUGCCUGUUCGACAUGGGCGCGGAGUACUACUGCUACGCGUCGGACAUCACCUGCUCCUUCCCGGCCAACGGCAAGUUCAGCCCCGACCAGAAACUCGUCUACGAGGCGGUGCUGAAGGCCAACCGCGGCGUGAUGGCGGCCAUCAAGCCGGGCGUGUCCUGGCUGGAGAUGCACCUGCUGGCCGAGCGGACGCUGCUGGAGGAGCUGAAGCGGGGCGGCCUGCUGCAGGGCGACGUGGAGCAGAUGAUGGAGGCGCGGCUGCCGGCCGUCUUCAUGCCGCACGGACUGGGCCAUUUGCUGGGCAUCGACGUGCACGACGUCGGCGGCUACCCGGCCGGGACGGCGAGGAUUAACAAGCCCGGCCUGCGCAGUCUGCGCACCACGCGCGUCCUGCAGCCGGGCAUGGUCCUCACCGUCGAGCCGGGAUGCUACUUCAUCGAUCCGUUGUUGGACGCGGCGCUGGCGCAUCCCGAGCACGGCAAAUUCCUGGUGGCGGACAUGAUCAAGCGCUUCCGCGGCUUCGGCGGCGUGCGCAUCGAGGACGACAUCAUCGUGACGCAGCACGGCAUGGAGCUGCUGACGGAUGUGCCGCGCACCGUCGACGAGAUCGAGGCCUUCAUGGCCGAAUCCCGCCACGCCUGAUCAGAAUACCAUUCAAGUUUCAACAACCUCUUCACUUCUAUGCCUUCCCAAUGUGUUCGUUGUGAUUUUUAUGGUUUAAUUUAUUUUUGGCCAUUUUUUAUACUCUUGCUACUGACUGUUGAUUGCGUUUUGCGCCCGUGCUAAACACCGCUGACUGAAGGAAACAAAUGCGUUAAAUAAAUUUAGUAAAUCAAA